CACUUCCGGCAACAAGCUUGAAGUUGUGCAGGCGGUGCAAAUGUCCUUCUGUUGUGACCCACAAUGGUUGACGCCGCACUUAACAGCGAGAUUAAUUCUGAAGAUGAUUACUAUCACAUCUUGGGAUGUGACGAACUCUCAACAAUGGAGCAAAUAUAUGCAGAAUAUAAGGCGAGAGUAAUGGAAAAUCAUCCUGACAAAUGUCAAGAUGACCCAAAAGCAACGGAAAGAUUUGCCAAAUUACAGCGAGCAAAAGAGACCCUUACUAAUGAUGACACGAGGCAGAAGUAUGACCUGUGGAGGAGAAGUGGACUUGCAAUACCUUAUGAACAGUGGGCCAGCCUUAGAGAUACUGUGCAUACAUCGAUGCAUUGGAUGGAUGCUAAAAAAGAAGCAAUGUUACCACAGGCUUCUGAUUUCUCAGAUGAUGUCAAAGGUUAUGAUGUGUCUUCCAAUCAAAAACGAAAUCCUGAGGGCAAGGUUCACAUGACAGAUAUUUCUCAUCUGAACUUUGGCGGUGUCCCUUGGGAAAGAGAUCCACCAAGUGAAGCACUUCGGAAAUUCAGAAAUUAUGAAAUUUAAGCAAUGAUUCACUCAUGUAUGUCUAUUGGGAAAAUAGGGUUCACUUUGUUGCUAAUGGUGCUAUUCCAAACCAACUAUGAAUUCCACAAACCAUCAAAAACUGAUAAAUCCCAGGGUUUUUAGUUUAAUUGUGAUAAAUUCUUUAAGCACCCAAUUCUUAUUUAUUUUCAGUCAGUUCUUGCAAUUCUUGAGAAAUCCUGAAAUUGGCACAAAAGUUUCUAACCAGUCUUCUAUUUAUCAUCAGUUUAUGUUCUAGGACCAGUACAAUAGCUGCUCUAUGUUGAACAUCUAUUUUUGAAGUGAAGCCCAAGCUGGGAAAAGAUUUCUACCAGAAAUAUGCAAAAUUCCAUAAUUCCUCUUGAUUUCUAAAAUUUAUUAAUUCCUGGAAUUCGUAGUCGGUAUGGAAUAGGAGCAUUAACUGUUACAAUUUUUUUUGUUCCUGACACUGUAUCUCAUCUAUUGGCAUAAUAGAUACAAAUGCCAUUUUUGAAAAAAGAGGUCCCCAGAUGCUGCCAUAAAGAUGAUGCUGGUUCCUUAAGGGCUUGUGUCAGCAGUGUGAGCAAACUGACCAAGUUGCAUACUUCUCUUAAAAUUGAAGUUAUUGCUUAUGACAGCUGUGCUAUUUAUAUUUGGGUCUAUUUACAUCAGACCUUAAAAUUUUAGAUAGGAGAUAUUUAGAGUGUAUCAUUUACAGUUGUUUUAUAGAUUCAGUGGUAUUUUAUUUAGUUUUAGUCACCUUUGCUAUAAUGACAUCUUUUUCAUGUUGUUUUAACAUGGCAAAUAAUAUUCUCUAUGAAUACGCAAAUUGGACAGAUCAUCAAAUGAAUGUAAAAUAUAAUAAAAUAUUGGUAUUAAAUUUAUGAAAGUAAACAUUUAAAUUGUGCCCCAAAAAAUUUUACAACUGAAUUCUGAAAAACAAAAUCAGUCUUCAUUUGCAACAAUUUUUUUGCCAAAAAUUAUAUUGGAUAAGUAUCACCAGAUAGAAUGGAGGCCCUAUUGCACCUACAAGCCCAUUCCUAGUUUAAGGUAGAAGUGAUACCAGUUUCAAGUAACUUUUGUUAUUCUAUAACUUAUCUUGGGGUUUGUAUGUUAUGCAAUCUGCAUUUAAAAGCUCCAGUUAACCAGUGACAAAUUUGUGAGACAAUACUGGUGUCCAACACAACAUCAAAGCAAAAUUUCUCAAAUAUUAAUUUCUUUGUCAAAGAUUACCAGUAUUAUAACCUGAAGGGCACAGUUUCAAGUUUCAUUAAAAGUAUUUUGAGCAAUUGUACAUAUUUUUGGAUACAUGUACUUAUGUGCAAUGAUAAUAUAGUUGUACUUUAUGUUAUUUUUAUAUUAAAUAUAGCAAUAUUUGUCUCUA